AUGACUGACUCAAUAGCGGUCACUAUCAUCGACAAUACACGAUCGUUGGCAUCUCUUCUCGACAGCCUCGAUGGCCAGCCAAUCAAUCCGCCUUCGUUCUAUCUGGACAUUGAAGGCAUCAGACUCUCUCGCGAUGGCUCCAUCUCGAUCAUCCAACUUUACCAUCUACCACAGAACCACGUCUAUCUCCUAGACGUCUUUGUUCUGAAGCAAGCAGCAUUCGAUGCACCAAAUGACUCUGGCACCACCUUCCGCUCGAUUCUUGAAUCCGCAGAAAUCCCAAAAGUCUUCUUUGACGUCCGCAACGAUUCUGAUGCCCUAUUUGCUCACUUCAAUAUCUCUUUGAGAGGUAUUCAAGACCUCCAACUGUUGGAGCUUGCAACGGGACGAUUCUGGCUUCGGACUCGGGUCAAUGGACUCGCUCGGUGCAUCAAGGAAGACGCUGGGCUUUCAUCCGAUGCACUGCACAAGUGGGAGACUGUUAAGUGUGUGGGAAAGAGAUUGUUCGGCCCAGAGUACGGUGGCUCGUACGAGGUCUUUCACACGCGACCGUUGCAGCAGGAUAUAAUCGAUUACUGCUCGCAGGACGUGGUAUGUCUCCCGAAGCUAUGGAAUGUGUACAUGGACAAGAUCGACGAUGAAUGGCUUCAGAGAGUGCAGGAAGAGACGGAGAACAGAGUCGUACAGUCGCAGUCAAGCUCGUACGACCCUCACUCUCGAGAGAAGACAAUGAGUCCUUGGCCAAGCUAUCUACCGGGACCAAAAAGCAAGCCAGCGAAAGUUGUGGACACAGUCCCUGCACCAGCGCUUGCGAGGUCAAUCGAUUUCGAGGACUUGCCUGGCAACGCUAAUACCAAAAUGUGGAGUUGUUCAACUUGUAAGCGAAAGGUGUUUGGAAGAGGAACCCCCGAGCAGCUACUCGCUCGUGCCACAUCCCUGGUCUGUUUCGCCUGCACGUUGACAGAAAGGUGCUCAGGAUCUCCUUCAUAUGACAUCUCGACCUUCUACUAG